AUGGCUCAACCUCCUCAACCUUCUCAACCUCCAUUUGGUUCUUGGAUUAUUCAAACCCUAACUCCAUCGUGGGUUUCAGAUAUCACUCUCUUCCGACAAACCGAUGGGGAAGAGAUUGUGUCCAAGAGGAAUACCCUAUUAGCAGUGACCACAGUUGUGGGUGCUUUAGUGUUUGGUAUGGGCGUAAAUCCAUCGGCGGAAUACUACAAGAGAUACAUUGACCAAGCCGUUGAGGGAAAUAGAGGGGUUCUUGGAGUAGGCAUUGAAGCUGGUGCGAGACAUAAUGUUGCCAUUGAAGCAAGUGUUGGAGGGGGCGUUGAAGAAGGUGCAGGAUAG